AUGACACUUGGUGAAGGUGAAGGUCCGCGUUGCAAGGGCGAGCGAGCGUGUUGGCAGGCGCGACGCCGUGAGCACGACAAGCACUGGCGCAACGUGCUUCUCAAGCUUGCGGAUGUGGUCAUUGCCACGCCACACACACUCACGGUGAUCGAACUGCGCCCCCUAAGAGGGGCAGAAGGCCGGGCACAGGCGCCAGCAGCGAGCCGCGCGGACAACAGGUGCGACGUGCGCACCGCGAACCCCAAACACGGCCAGCACGAGCACCGGAAACGACACACAAUGUGUGACCGCCGGCGCGUCCGUGACCGUGAGCACGGGAUCGUGGGGCUGGAGACGAAUCUCGGCACGCUUCGCGUUCAAUUGCUGCCUGAUUGUGCACCCCGUUCUGUGGAUUACUUCAUCGAGCUCUUGGGCUUGCACAACUGUGCCGGGUGCAGAUUCUAUCGUGCCGAAGGCCGUGGGCAUCUGUGGGAUGCACAAGGCGACAGCAUAAAAAAUGCUGCAUCUGGUCCACCAUAUGGGCUGCUUCAAGGGACACUGGAAGUGGACGGCGUAGCCUUCAAGGAGAUACCGAGAGAAGGGUGCUCAGCGGUGAGAAGAGGAUCUGUGGCGUGGGUGGGGUCAGGGCCAGAGUUCCUGAUCAGCCUGGCGAACCAUGAGGAGUGGAAGGACACCUACACGGUGUUCGGGUACGUGGUGCCAGAGGACAUGGCCAUCGCUGAGGAGAUGGCGAUGCUGCCAACCAGCACGGACGUCUGGAGCAAUGUGACUGUGAGGCUGCUGAAGGACCCAGUGUAUUUCAAGGUGAAGCGAAAGAGCAACGCUAGCGCCGUGUAGGCCUUUUGAAUUCAUUGUUGAUUUUCUUGUUUGUUUGGUACUACAGGCAACGAAGAGGGAUGGGAACUAGAUGAGAAUCAGACACAUUGUGUAGCAAAAUACGGUCCAAAAGGUUAAAGCAGGAAUUAUGUGUAAAGAGAGGAAAAAAUAGAGGAGGUUUGGAAAGAGAAAGAUUCACCUGUUAUUUGUUACCUAUCAGCAAGCCAUUUCAUGAUCUUGUUUUCUUA